AAGAAGUCAGUUUUUAGACAGAUCCAUGACAGAUCAUAAUGUAGCCAGACUGGCAGACGCCAAAGACAAAAAUAUUAUGUAUUUUUGGUGUGUUAAGAAUUUUUAUUCUACACAAUAAUUUGCUUAACAAGUAUGUUUUACUGUAAAGAUUGUAACUUGAAACCAUUCUCGUCUCAGUCUGCUUUAGUUACACACAGAAAUGCAGUACAUGGUGCUGUACGUGUCCAAACGUACCCCAUAGAUGUUCAUGCCAAUAAAUGUUUAGAUGGAUGUUUAAUUUCAUUUCCAACAGUAAAAGAUUUAAGACAACAUUUAGCCCGAAUCCACAAGAUAUUAACAGGACAAGAAAUUUUCGAAUUUGAUGACAAGGAUGAAUUUCUAAAAUGGAUGGAAAAUAUAAACAGAGAUCCAAGACGUAAAUACAUCAAAACAUGUGAACUACAAGACAAUGAAUACUUGUUGGUUACCCAUUAUGACUGCAAACCUGUAAAGGAUUCCAUAUCAAAUGAUGAAGAUUCAGAUAAUUCAUAUGCCAUUCAAGAAGAUGGCGAAUCUCCAUCUUGUACUAGCCAGAUAUUAGUUGUAAAUAAUUUAAGAACAAAUUUGAUAGUGGUAACAUUUUUCAAAAACCAUUAUGGCCACACGAAAGAUAUGGGUCACUUGGAAAAGCCAGUCAGUUAUGUAUGCAGGAAGUCGUUGAGUUGUGUUUCUAAAAACUUACUUAAAACACCUGCACAAUUGCCUGUUAGGGUUACAAAUGCUGAUGAACUUGUAGAAACAGACAGAAGGAACAACAGUUUCAGUGAAUUUAAUCCAGGCACAAAAAAGAGAAAAAAACGAAUGUUCAAAGUAAAAGAUAUGAAAAAAAUUAAGAAAUCCAAAACAAUCAUAGAGGAUAAUUCACAAGACAGUGACGAAAUGUAUUCUGAUCAUUUAUACUGUAAACUUAGCCCUGAUACCACCCAGAGUAAUGAUAGCACGGCAAGUAACCCUUUAAGUAUAAAUACUAAAAGAACUGUAGAUGAAGCUGAAGUUGACGUAAUAAGUGCAUCAAGAGAUGUAAAUAGUGAAAAGACGCAGUUAAAAAAGAACAUAAUUAGUCUUAUUAAAAAAUUAAGUGAAGACAAUUUGGAACUUUAUGAUACAAACACGUUGGCUCAGGUUCAGAACUCUUUAAGUGAAUGUUGUUGUUUUUUGGGGAGUUAUGAAAUUGCUGCGGAUGGUGAAUCAUUUUCUGAUGACAGUAGUGAUGCGAAUCCUCCUAGGAUAUCUACUAGUCCACCCAAACUUGUUUGGUUUCCCAUGAAAAAGGAUUAAAAGGAGUAGUCAAAUGUCUGUUAAAUAAUAAAAAGAUCCAAGUCAAAGAUGAUUCCUUAUGUUUUCGUAAAACCGGGUUGGCAUACAAUUUAUUAUGAAAUGAUAAUUUUUCGGUUUCAUGACAUCUCUUAACGCGACAGUUCGUAACCCCAGAAAUAGCCACCGGCAAUUCGUAACGACAUUUCGUAACGGUAUAAUUCGUAACGCCAACAGCGUUUUUUAUCAAAUUUAACAUUACUGUAUAUAUUUUGCAUACUCUCCUACACUGAAAGUAGUAGCCCUUUUUUUAAGACCCCUUCUUUUUAAAUUCAUUUCACACAUAUUUUUGAAUAUAUUUUUCUACAUAUGACAACUACAGAAUCUUUUUAUUAAUUUUUUGCCUUAAUUAUCACUUUAAAGUAGUAAAAGUACUGUUACAGGUACAUUAUAUUUAUUGUAAGUUUUUUCUUUUUCUCCAAAAUUUCUCCACGAAAUAUGAAAUGUGUUAAAAUGUUUAUCCUGAUGCUGGUUCGUUAAAUUGAUAAACGUAAUUUCAGUUGCAACUGUAAUAAAAGUUGGUUUCCACGUCAACAAAAAUAAAUAGAAUAAUUCUAUUUUGACGUUACGAACAGUUAUAGUUAUGAACUGUGGCGUUACGAGUUACUGUCACGAAUUUUUCUGAAUAUGUUUAUCUAAAAUCGUAUUUCAUAUGCAGUCCAUAAACAUAAUACAUUUUUGGAUAACCUAACUUGCACAUUACUUAUAAAUAUUAUAGCACCCAAUAAACAGUCGCGGCUACAGUUGAUUUGAAACUAAUGGCUUCUUUCACCAUCGACGAAUGGUUUAUUUGAUGAAUAAAGUUAUUCGACCAAUAAAACUGACACAUGGUUAACGUCAAAUAAGACUUGUUUUAUUUAUUUACCAAAAAAUAAUAAUUAUUAUUCAAAUAAAUUGACAAGUUAACCUCGCUUUAAAUAUCUGUAACAAAGAAAAUUCGUCAGCUUAACCUUAAAAUGAUCAACAUUGUAUUUAAACACAAUAAAAAUAUCUACUAAUUAAUCUUAUUCGACAAAUAACUAUUCACAAAUUUAUUUGUUGUUGGUGAAACCGGCUCUAAGAGGGGUGAAGGUACGGAGAAUAUAUGCCACCCCUCUCUAGAAAUGUGCUGACUGCAUCUAGUCGAAACCGCGUGGUGUCGCAGGCGACACCAAUGUACCAUUCUAGGGUUAAAAUGAUUUAUUGUUUUUUAUAUGCAAUGAAAAGACACAAAUCAUUUUUUUGACUUGGUGCUUUUUGUACAGUGUACAUUAAAUUAUAUAUGAAGAUAAUUAUUUUGUUAUAAAGACAAAAUAUAAAUUGUAAAAAAUGAAUUAAAAAUUAAUAA